UCCUACUUUCAUAUUUAGCCUGAUGGCUACGCGAGUGGCAGUGAUUGGGGCCGGUGCAGCUGGUCUCUGUGCCGUCCGUCAUCUGUGUGCUAGCCCGGAUCUCUUUAGUGUGGUUUGUUUUGAGAUAAAUUCUGUAGUUGGAGGGACAUGGGUCUAUACAGACGCUACAGGAAAAGACGAGAAUGGUUUACCAAUCCAAUCGUCCAUGUACAAAAAUCUCAGGACUAACAUACCGAAGGAAACGAUGGCUUUCCCGAAGUUUCCAUUUAAAACAUCUCUGCCUUCUUUUGUAACACAUCAGGAUGUGUUAGAAUACUUGCAGAGUUAUGCAGAUCACUACAAUCUUUAUAGAUAUAUCAAGCUAAACACAAUGGUGACCAGAGUUCAAUGCAGACCAUGUACAGAGGACAAGGAAUUAUGGGAAGUGUCAUACUGUGAUGUCACAGAUCCGGGGCAGGUUCACACUCAGGAGUUCGAUGCUGUUGUAGUCUGUAAUGGUCACUUCUCUCUCCCUCGGUAUCCCACAAUUGCCGGGAUGGAAGACUUCCAAGGUCAGAUGAUCCACAGUCACGACUAUCGAAGCUCCGAAAUGUUCCGGGACAAAAGGGUUGUAUGUCUGGGGGCAGGUUCAUCGGGCCAAGAUAUUGCUGUGGAGGUUUCACGUGAAGCUUCAAUGGUUUACUUAAGCCACAACAAACCUCCACUACAGACCUACCUCCCAGACAAUGUGCAACAGAAACCGGGAAUUAAGAAGUUAGGGACUCGUUCUGUCACCUUCCUGAACGGAGACGAGACAGACAUAGACGUUCUACUGCUUUGUACCGGAUAUCAUUAUUACUUCCCGUUCCUGUCUGAAGACUGUCAGGUUAAGAUUUCUGAUGAGAGAAUUACUCCUCUGUACAAACACUUGAUUCACAUUGAUCAUCCCACCAUGGCAUUUGUCGGGAUGCCCACUGUAAUUUGUCCAUUUCCCCAGUUUGAUGUCCAGAUUCAGUUCUUUCUGUCAUCAUUGUCGGGAAAAUGCAGACUACCAUCAAAGGAAGACAUGCUUUUAGAUACAGAGAAGGACUUUCAGAGUAGAUUGUCCCAGGGAUUACCGGUACGACACGCCCACGUCCUGGGGAACAGACAGUGGGAUUAUCAUUCCGAACUAGCAGAGCUUGCGGGUGUUGAACACAUCCCUGUGGCGGUGAAGAAACUAUUUGAUUACGUACAAGAAAGCCGAUUUAAAAACAUUGUCGGCUAUAAAAUCCCGAACUAUGAAAUCAUUGAUUCUGAAAGAUUCAGGAAAGUAGACAAUGGAACUUACAAAAAAUAAGAUUAAAGGUGGAUAAGACUGGAUGAUCUGAUAAUUCAUUUUUGCAAUGAGGGGGUGGGGAUGGGGUUAGCUAAACAUUUUGCUACAGUUACUAUCUACUUCAGUGUCUAUACAAACUGUGUCACUCUAACUCGAUUGAGCAUCACAUAACGGUUUGUUUUCGACGUCAUGCAAUUUUUGGCUCUAGGUUACAAAUGGCCGAAAUAAUAAAUGCCAAAUUUGACCUCGCAAACUUGUGCGGUGGAGACAACAUGGUUAAUAGGUGAAAUAGAUUCUUGCAUUUUAGAUGAAAUCGUAUCUACAAGUAUUUCAUUUUUGUUUUUUGCCCAAAAAAAAGUCUUCCGAUCAAAUCGCGGUAUUUGGAAUUGUGUUGUUCAGUGCAUUCAUGUUUCAGCAAGUUAUGAGGAUGGCUAUGUUUCAUUCAAGUGGUAUUACUUAUUUUCUGUAUUUGGUGCCAACAUAUUAUAUAAUUAUAUUUCUUCAGCUUG